AUGGCGUUCUGGGAUACGCAGCAGUAUCGCGCAGAUGCCCCAUUGGAGCGCGACUUUCUGUGGCAGGAUCAUGACAAUGCCGCAGCGGACGAUUCAACCGAUUUCUUGGGGCAAUUUCUCGACCUGGAUGGCACUGGAGCCUUUGCGCCCACGUCGACAACGAACGCGUCUGCCGACGUAUUGGCAGGGGACUAUGAAGCACCGAGGAUGCCUCAAGGGCUGAUGUCCUCAGCGCCUCCUGAAAGUAUUGGGUCUUCGACGACGGCCGACGAGAUUGAUUUCCUGUCGAGCAGCUCACAUGUUGGGCCUGCUUCCUCAGCCAGCUACGAUAUCGAUCCUGCCCAGCUGUCUGCCGGUUACGAUCAGACAAGCUUCAUGCUCGAACCGCCGCAGUGGGCCAACACUGGCCGUGGGUCUCUUUCAGAUACAGAACUGCCUCGCAUGGAGGGCAUGACGUUGAGCUCGCCGACCAAGCACAAGUACACAUCAAUGUCGCAGCCCUCGUCCCCAACACCGCCCAACACAGUUGUCCGAAAGACGACCAGUCAUAAGAUCAAGGAAGCCUUCCAUUCUACAAUUCGGAAAGCGACUGGGAAGAACAGGCCGAAGCCUCGGAAGCCAGAGCCUAUUGUUGAUCGCCCCGGCUCUCCCGUAGGCGAGCCCCUACCUCUGCAAGCUCCCAGACAACGACCUCGUGCCAUGGCCAAGGUGCGACAGCGACAGCAAUCGUAUACCUCUGAUGCGGGACAGCAGCAGCCUACCUCAUCAUGGAACUUUGUGCAGGGCGCCUGCGAUGAUCCCUUCAAUGAUAUUCCACCCCUGCCUCCAGCCAAUGCUCUGCAAUACUUCAACCAGGGCACUAUCAGUCCAGGACAUCACUCCCCAGAAAUAAAGAGCGAGCACAGCUCGCAGUAUUCCGAAAACGUCUCCUACCAGGUGCCUCCUGAUUUGACGUGGCAGCAGCACCAACAGAGCCAGCGCCAAGCCAUGAGCAACGUGCCGCAACAACAGGUCGAGUGGAACGGAUCGGACAUGAUGUCUGGCGAUGCCAGCUGGUGGGCUGCCAACGGCGCCGACGACCAUGGGCAGUUUGCAGAUCAAAAAAACGCCCAUGUCAACAUGUCGAUGCACGCGCAUCAGACCCAGUUGCCGUAUGAAUAUCAAACCCAGAUCCCGGACACGGCGUCCUCAGGACUCAUGAUUCAGAUACCCCAAGCUCAGCAGCAUCACCACCAACAACACCAGGUCGCAGUCGGCAGCGCCUUGACUCUAGACGCGCAGACCACCCUCCCACCACCACCCCCGAUCCCAGCCUCCGAACGGCCUCAUCGACCACCACGCGCCCCCUCCUCUGGCGCAAGGCAUAUCUCAUGCUCACCCGUGCGCAAAAACAGGGCACCCUCCGCCUCCCCGACGCGCGGUACCCCGAGCUCCACACAGAAGCGCCACAGCUCGGGUGGUUCCGUGGCCUCGAACCGCAGUGCCUCGGGUCGUCUCCCGGCUAGCAUGCCCGGUACCCCCUGCAGCGUGAAGAAGAGGCGAUCGCGCGAUGUCAGCGGUGGUGGCGGGAUGUCGGGCGCGUCCGCCGGCGAGAUUGGCUUCGUCAACUUUACACCCAAUGACGGCGGGAUGCUCAUGGGCGGCGUCGCCCCGAGCGGCAGUUCCAAGACAAAGGCGCGCCGGGAGAAGGAGGCGCUCGAUCGACGACGGAAGUUGAGCGAAGCAGCCAUCAAGGCUGUUGCCGCAGCAGGCGGCGAUGUUGAUCGGCUCAUUGAGCAAGGUUUCUUUUCCUGA